AUGAAUAAGUAUGAAAUCAUGGGAGUUGUUGGCGAAGGUGCUUAUGGCAUAGUGUUAAAAUGCAAAAAUAAGGAGACUAAUGAAUGCGGUUAGUUAUUUUGUUCUAUUUGUUGAAGUGGCCAUAAAAAAGUUCAAAGAAACAGAGGAUGAUGAAGCGGUGAAGAAAAGUAUUCAAAGAGAGGUGAAAAUGUUGCGCAUGUUGAAGCAUCCAAAUAUUAUCUAACUGAAGGAAGCGUUCAAAAAGAAAGGCAAAAUAUUUCUGGUUUUUCAAUUCGUUGAUAGAAACCUAUUAGAAUUAUUAGAGGAGAGAAAAACACUAGAUGUAUGCCUAUCGCACUUAGAAUUAGUAAGAUUGCAUAAAACGAGUGAUUUUUUAAUUGGUUCUUGCAGUGCAUGCUUGUCAUUCUGUAGGAAUAGCACAUCGAGAUAUUAAACCUGAGAAUUUACUGAUAGAUAAUGAUCUAAAUUUGAAGUUAUGUGAUUUUGGUUUUGCAAGGGUAAUAUAAAUCUAAUCAAUAGACUAUACAAAGUUAAGAAUAAUUGACUGAUUAUGUGGCUACAAGAUGGUACAGAUCCCCAGAGUUACUGAUAUCUAAUAAUUAUGGAAAACAAGUAGAUAUUUGGGCCAUUGGUUGUAUAAUGGGAGAAUUGAUAGAUGGUCAGCCAUUAUUUCCUGGUGAAAAUGAGAUGGACUAAUUAUAUCUAAUAUAGAAGAUAAUUGGUCCAUUGACUUAGGAUUAGAUGGAGAAAUUUUAGAAGAAUUAGAGAUAUAUAGGAAUGAAGUUUCCAGAAAUAGUUAAGAUGGAAACUAUUGAGAAAAGAUAUUCUGGUAAAAUGUGUAACAAAGGUUUGAAUUUUUUAAAGCAAUGCUUGAUAAUGGAUCCAAAUAAGAGAUUGACAUCUCAGGAUUGUUUAGAGCAUCCCUAUCUCUCAGAUCUCUGGAGCAAAGAAUGUGAGAUUAGACCUAAAAGUAAUUUUUAGAGGAGGAUAAGUUGUGAAAGAGAUGAUUCUAAACCUAGUAUUCUAAAUCAAUAUGAUUUUGGGGAAUAGAAACCAAAAAAGAUUCACGAAAAAGCGAUUCCGUAGACAAUUUAGAAUUAAUCAUUUAUUUAAAGAUAAGUUUAUAAUUACAAAAUUGGCGAUGAAACUACUGAAGUGACCAAAGAAGGAGAUGAUACCAAAUCAUAAAUGCACAAAACAUUUAAUUAAUCAUUCAAAAUCAAAUUUAAUGACACCCUCCCCUAAAGUAGAUUAGGAUCUGAGUAAGACAAGAGAAUUAAUAGGAUAAUCGGUUUACCAGGUUUAAAAGAAGAUCCUAAAUAAUAAUAAUAAUAAUAAUAAUAAUAAUAAUAAUAAUAAUAAUAAUAAUAAUAAUAAUAAUAAUAAUAAUAAUAAUAAUAAUAACAAUAACAAUAACAAUAAUAAACUAUUCAUAAUAAAUCUCCAAACAAGAGAACUUCUAUCUAAUAACCAUCGUUUUAUGUUUAAGUAUUUAUAUAAUCAUAUAUAUACAGGGAUAAUAUAAUUUGUAACCCUAAAAACUUAAUCUAGUGUAUAAUGCUAAUACUUAUAAUUAUUCAAUUAAGAAAUCAUACAUCUCAAAAAAAUGA